AUGUUAUUUGGCAUGGAUGGUAGCACACACGCGGGCGUUGGUGCUGACGAAUUUACAGCCAUGGAAGGCGGCUGUUUGGGAAUGAUCGGCAAAUUGCAGGAGUGCAUUCAGAGAGCUAUAUCACAGUUGAACUAUGAAACAGCUGUAUUCUUGUCCGAAUUACUGUAUGCUGAAUGUUAUCCUUUAGAUAAGUGCCACAUGUACCGUUUGGAUUCGAUUUAUCUUUACGCGCUAUCGUUGUAUAUGAAUGAAGAUUACCAUACAGCUUUCGAUGUUGUGAAAGAAUUCAAGAGUUCCAAUCAUACAGGCGUCUCCUUUGUUUUUGCUCGCUGCUGUUUAAAACUCUCCACCAACUUGAAUGACGCAAUAGCGAGCCUAUCGAGUAUCAUCAAUCGAAAGCCUUCAGUGACUACGACUACGAAUUCGAACAGCAGUUUGAUAUCUAUUCCAAAUACUGCGACGAUUAACUGCUUGCUUGGGAAGUUAUUCAAUAAACAGGAUAAAAUGCAAGAGAGCGCGCUACACCAUUCAGAAGCAUUGAAUUCGGAUCCCUAUUUAUGGGAGUCUUUCACGGCUUUAUGCCGAAUGAAAGUUAAGAUAGAUUUGAGGAAGCUCUACUCGGUUAUGAAUAAUGAACCUCAGAAUGUGGGAGCAAGUGCCAGCAGGUUUAAGUCGAGGUUUAAUAUUUCUAAACCUCAAUCUAAGCCGCAAUCGACGGCACCGCCGUAUAAGCUAUUUGGGAGUAAUUCGACGUCGUCUUCGUCAACAUCUCAACAACAACAACAGCAACAGCAACAGCAACAGCAGCAACAGCAUCAGUUUUCUCUUGGAGUGCCACAGACUUCGAUCAAAGGGCAGCCAACUGGAUCAUUGCUAAGUAAAGCCAAUGUUAUAGUAUCUACUAAUGGGCUUUCCCCCUCAUCGUCAAUGCAGUCUGUAUCAGCAAAUCCAAGCACUCUGGGCAAAUCGAGCAGAAACAAAUUAUUAGUUACACCACCCUCAAAAUUGCUCAACACUACUAAUUUUAAGACCCCAAGAAAUAAUUCAAUUCAGGGAAGUGGUAUUAACAAAAAAACUGAGAGAUUUUUAAGCUUGAAGUCUGAAUCUAGUAAGAUCAAAAACAACGUGAAUCUGUUAUUAUCUUCCUCCGAGUCGCCUGCAUCUCUUCAAGAGCUCAUGUUCAGUUUUGCCAGGAUACUGAAAGCAUCUUCUCAAUUUGAUUCUUACAGAGCAAUUAGACUAUUGGAAUCCAUACUUCCAUCUAAUAUCAAGGAGAGAAUGCCGUGGUGCCAGGCUCAGUUAGGCAAAUUGCAUUUCGAAAUUGUCAAUUAUGGAAUGUCUUUGGUGCAUUUUAACAAACUGCGACAGCUUCAACCAACGAGAGUAGAAGACAUGGAAAUAUUUUCAACUUUACUAUGGCAUUUACAUGAUAAGGUUAAUCUUUCACAUCUAUCAAAUGAGCUUGUAGAACUUCAAUCAAACAAGCCACAAACAUGGUGCUGCCUAGGAAACCUGUUUUCAUUACAAAGGGACCAUGAGGAAGCUAUAAAAUAUUUUGAGAAAGCUACUGAAAAGGACGUAACGUUUGCUUAUGCGUAUACAUUGCAAGGCCAUGAACAUUCAUCAAAUGAUUCUAUAGACACAGCUAAAAACUGUUAUCGAAAGGCUAUUGCCUGUGAUCCUCAGCAUUACAAUGCUUACUAUGGCCUGGGAAUGUGUUGUAUGAAGCUGGGCCAAUACCAGGAGGCUCUCCUGUUUUUUGAAAAGGCGCGAAAUAUAAAUCCAGUGAACGUAAUUUUAAUAUGCUGCUGCGGGGUUGCAUUGGAGAAAUUAUCAUAUCAAGAAAAAGCAUUACAGUACUAUGAAUUAGCAUGCGAAUUACAACCAAGUUCAUCAUUGGCGAAAUUCAAGAAGGCGCAUUUGCUUUACUCCAUGGCCCGCUACAGUGUUGCACUGGAGAAUUUUGAAGAGUUAGAAAAGCUGGCGCCGGAUGAAGCAACUGUUCAUUUUUUAUUGGGCCAAUUAUAUCAAAUAAUGGGAAGGAAAAAGGAUGCUUACAGACAGUUUACCAUAGCAAUGACUUUAGAUCCGAAGGGCAAUACUCUCAUAGUGGAUGCCCUUACAAAGUGCCACUCAGAGGAAUAG